AUGUUUAUGCGCUCUGGAUCUGAUUGCUUUUUCCCGAGGGAGUCCAUUCAGGGCUCCAGAAAGGCACAUGCAUCCCAUUCAAAAGAGAUAGAUAUGAUCAGUACUUUCAGUUAUAGCAUCUUGAACAUGAUCUUUCUUUCAUUUGACUAUGUUAUUAUUCUUAUCGACUACUUUACCGCUGCAUAUGAAAUAUUGCAUGAACACGACCUAGCUGAUUUGUUCCCCAUAGUGUUUGGUCUCAUGUUGUGCUUCUUUGGCUGUCAUUACUUAAUGUUAGUAACCAUCUUAGAAACUGUGAGGAUGCUUUGCUGGAGGGAAUUGGUUACUUCUAUCCAUACAUUGCACCAUAACUAUCAAAUCGCCAUGGAAAGUAGUCGUAAGGAUGACUUUAUCGAUACGAAUGGCAAUAAGAUUCCUAAUAUGCAGGAAAUAAGCAGACAAGACCUGCUUUUUCAGAAAUUAAGUCUUUUCAUGAAGACCGUAGACGUGGUAGAGGUGCGUUCUGCUGUCCGGACGCUUGCAACGGCUUACUUUUCGAUGAUUGCCGCGCUGCGGCUAAAGAUGGCGCGAUAUUUAGCACUUGCCCUAUCUUCAGCACACACAAUAGGCAAGAGCAUCCCAUUAGAGAGUAUUUUGUCUGAACACCUACCGCCGGGUUCCAAGAAAUGGUCUGGGAUUCUAGCGGAUACCUUGCUCAACGUGAUCUGCAUGAUCUUAGCGAUAUUUAUUGGUGGGUGGGUUGGCGGCUUAAACUGCGCAAUUCGAGGUUCUCAUAUGUUUGUUCAGAACAUGAUUACGCUUUCUCAGAAAAAGGGCUUGUUGAUGGACAAUCUGAAUCUGAGUGAUCCGAAGUCGAAGGUGCUCAUGGUGGUUGUGGCAGCGACUGGGUUUUUAUGGCAGGUAUCUCAUAGCAGUGGUUUGCCCUUUCCCAUCAACAUCGUCCUUUUUCCACUAACAUUACUGGAGUGGUUGCUACAGAUAGUGGUGAAUAGGUGGAUUUUUUUAUUACCCAUGAUGAAUUUCUCGUAA